AUGGCUUCCAAUCCAUCUCAAAAAUGUUGUUUCGAAGGUUUUUACCAUGAGGGUACCGCUAAAGGAAGAUACACCGAUGUAUUCGGUAUCGAAACUUAUGUAAUCGGUGAACAAUAUUCUAAUGAUAAAGUAUUAAUUUUGUUCACUGAUUAUUUCGGUAUUCAUUUCAAUAACUCCUUAUUGAUCGCAGAUCAAUUAUCUGCUAAAGGUUACAAGGUAUACAUCCCUGAUAUUUUAUUUGGUGAUGCUGUUGAUCCUAAUAAUGUCGAAAAUUUAGAUCUUCAAAAAUGGUUAAGUGCCCAUAAUGAGAUAAGAACUAAACCAAUGGUGGACAAAUUUAUGGCUUCAUUCAAAAAGGAAAUUAAUCCAGGUUUCUUGGGUGUCCUAGGUUAUUGUUUCGGUGCUAAGUAUGCCAUUCAGCAAAUCCAUGAAAACACUGGUACAGCAAAUGCAGCUGCUAUUGCUCACCCUUCAUUUGUUACAAUUGAGGAAGUUGCUGCAAUUGGUAAGAGACCUCUAUUGAUUUCCGCAGCUGAGACUGAUCCUGUUUUCGCCCCAGAAUUAAGAAAAUUAACAGAAGAAAAAUUGAAAGAAAUUGGUUCUAGGUAUCAAAUAGAUUUAUUUAGUGGUACUUCGCAUGGGUUUGCAGUUAGAGGUGAUUUGUCUGACCCACAAGUCCUUUAUGCUAAGGAAAAGGCUUUUUAUGAUCAAGUUUACUGGUUCGAUCAUUUAUCUCAAAAGAAAUAA